AUGUCUUCCCAAGACGCUAAUGUCAAUGUUGAUGUGGCUGCCAACUUCGACGUCGAAGGCUACAAAAAGCUGAUUGAAAAGAUUGAAGUUCUUGUCAAAAGAACUGUGGAGAAGACAGCUAGCUUGGAGUACAUGGCAAACCCAGAAAAGAUGCAGGAUGUUUACAAGGCUAUCUUUUUACAGCUUUAUAAGUAAGUUGUAUUUAAAUUAAUUUUUCACUAUUGUAUAGUAAAAAAAUGACUUUCGAGUGUAAACCAUGUUGUGAAUGUUAAAUUCAAAAAAGCCUCUUUUAUUCCGUAAUGUUCAUUUAUAAAACCUAUAAAAAAAGUUAAAAUAAAGACUUUAAAUAGUAUAAAAGUAAAAAUUCAAAUAUAUAAACUGUAACAUCUAAAUAGUGUAUUUAUUUAGAACUACAAAACAAAUGGUGCAGCUAUCCAGCUCAUGUGAGCUCAAAAAUCAAGGGUGCCAUGUUGCUUGGAAGAUAAAGCAAACGAACCCAUUUACUGUCUUCAGUGUUUGA